AGAGGAGGAGUGGCAGCAGAUGUUAGCUCAGGUCUAAUCUUCCUCAAAACAAAAAAAGAUAUUCAUGUAGUUUUACUUUGAAUUUCUCUCAUAAAUGAGGUUGACCAUCUUUUUACGUUUGAAUUGUUUGUAUUUUCUGUGAAAAAGUGAGUUUUUAAAAAAAAUCUUAUUUUUUGUAAGUACUCUUUAAUAUUAGAGAAAUUAGUUCUUAGUCUAUAGUAAGAAUUAUGAAUAUGUUUCCCUAGUUUGUUCGUAGUCUUCACUUCUUAUAUUGAUUUUUUUCAAGCAUUUAUUUUUAUUUUUUAUGUAAUCAAAUGUAUCAAUCUUUUCUUAUGGCUUCUAGGUUUUGUGUUGUAUUCUGAAAAGACCUACUCUGCUCGAAAAUUAUAUAUAUUUAAAUUUGUCUUUGUUUUCAUUUAGUACAUACAUGUUUUUGUUUUUGUGUUUUUGCGUUUUAGUGUUUGAUAGAAGUGGAAUUUAUUCUGGUCAUGUGCAUCUCAUGGCUACCCAUUUGUCCCAACAGUAUUGGCUCUAUUCAUGCUGAAUUGAAAUCCCACAUUUAUUGUAUACUGAAUUCCUAUAUGCAUUUGAGUCCAUGUGGGGGCUUUCUGUUCCAUUCAUCUGUUUAUUCAUGAGCCAAGACAACUAUUUUAAUAAUUGGGUGUUUAUAAUAUUUCAAAAAUAAUGUGCUUUAAUAUUUGGCAUCACUAGUCCUACUUCAUUAUUCUUCUCUUUCAGAAUUUUCCUACCGCUUUAUGCAAGUUUAUUUGUCCACAAAUGAACUUUGGAGUCUGUCUAAUUAAAAAAUAAAAGUAUUUUUAUUGAGAUGACACUAAAUGUGUAAGAUUAACUUAGGGAGCAUUGACAUUUUAUUUUAUUUUAUUUUUUUUUCCAAUUUAGACAAACACUUUAUUGAGGUAUAAUUGAUAUUUAAAAAACUGUACAUAUUUAAUGUAUACAACUUGAUGAGUUUGAGAAUAAGUACACGCCAGUAAAAUCAUCACCAUAAUCAAGCAUUGACAUUUUAAUGAUGACUUUUCUAUAUGGGAAUAUAGGCCCUUCCACUUGUUCAGAUUUGAUUAGUGUCCCUCAGAAAUAUUAAAAUGUUUCUUUUUUGGUAGAUCUUGCUUAAUUCUUAUAUUUAUUCCUAGGAAUUUUAUCUAUUUAGGUGGCUUUAUAAAUAAAACUUUUCCUCAAUUAUAAUCUUUACAUAGCGAUUGCAUGUAUAUUGGAAAGCUCCUGAUUUCUGUAUGUCAGUUUUUAUACACUACCACUUCUUGUUUAUAGUAGUUUUUCAUUUGGUUUUCUUGAAGGAAUAUAGUCAUAUAAUCUGCAAAUAGUGAUACAUUUGCCUUCUUUUCAAUUUUUAUAUCACUAAUUUAUUUCUCUUUUAUAAUUGUGUGGCUAGGACAGUGCUUCCCAAUUAUUUCACAUCAAGGCACGUCCUGAAAAUUAUAUUUUGAGUGUGCACUGUCAUAAAGGGGAAAUGUUUUGUGAGGCUGGGGGGACCAGCCCAGGGUCUAACUACAUCAGGCCCCACCUGACUGACCUAAGAUGGAUUGAGAAGAAGCCCUAUGCCUCUCUAAAACGAUGGGUUUUUUAAAAAUAUUGAUCACGAACUUACUUAUUUUCUUCCUUACUUUAGCAGGAAUACUUCCAUAGUGUUUUCUCAUUAAAUUAUGCUGGUUUAGGGAUUGAAGUAGAUACACACACACACACACGCAUGCAUAUUUUCAUUUACUAAAGAAGUAUCCAGGUUCGCCUAUUUUUGUCGAGAGAUUUUAGUCAGAAAUGGAUAUUGCGUUAAUAAACGUUUCUUAAGCAUUGCUGCUGUACGCCGGGCUUUGGGACUGAAACCAUGAAUAAGAUGAGAGACACUACAGGAGAGAAUACAAGUCCAAGUAGACCUGAGUUCAGACCCUAUCUAUGCUACAUUUACUAACUCCGUGAUCUCAGUUACUCUUUCUGGAAAUGGAGAAAACGGAAAGGCCGUUGUUUACCUUGUGGGUUUCCAUCUGUUCUUUGUUAUGUUUGUAUGGUCCUAUUGGAUGACAAUUUUCACAUCUCCCGCUUCCCCCUCCAAAGAGUUCUACUUGUCCAGUUCUGACAAGGAACGUUAUGAAAAGGAAUUCAACCAAGAAAGACAACAAGAAAUUUUGAGAAGAACGGCAAGGGACUUACCUAUCUACACCGUGUCAGCUGCAAGGACCAUCAGAUAUUGUGAAAGAUGUCAGUUGAUUAAACCUGACCGUGCGCAUCACUGCUCAGCAUGUGACAUAUGUGUUCUUAAGAUGGAUCAUCACUGUCCUUGGGUGAAUAACUGUGUGGGAUUUUCUAAUUAUAAAUUCUUCCUGCUGUUUUUAUUGUAUUCCCUAUUAUAUUGCCUUUUCGUGGCUACAACAGUUUUACAGUGCUUUAUAAAAUUUUGGACGCUUUGCCGCAGGAAAUCUACAGAGAGUUGUGCAAAGAAUGAACUCUCAGCUACACGUGCAAAAUUCCACGUGCUUUUUCUUUUCUUUGUGUCUACAAUGUUCUUCAUCAGCGUCCUGUCACUGUUCAGCUACCACUGCUGGCUAGUUGGCAAAAAUAGAACAACGAUAGAAUCAUUCCGUGCACCCACAUUUUCCUAUGGACCUGAUGGAAAUGGUUUCUCUCUUGGAUGCAGUAAAAAUUGGAGACAAGUCUUUGGUGAUGAAAAGAAAUAUUGGCUACUUCCAAUAUUUUCAAGUUUGGGUGAUGGUUGCAGUUUCCCAACUCGCCUGGUGGGGAUGGAUCCAGAGCAAGCUUCUGUUUCAAACCAAAACGAAUAUGCCAGAAGUAUUGGCUCAAAUCAACCCUUUCCUGUCAAACCACUUAGUGAAUCAAAAAACCGGUUAUUGGACAGUGAGUCUCAGUGGCUAGAGAAUGGAUCUGAAGAAAGCACCGUCAGAUCAGGGACAAAUAACCAUGUUACAGUGGCAAUAGAAAAUUGAGUACCACUUGUUCAUAACUAACCAAUUGAAUAAGAGCAAGGUUUAUAAAAACAUAUUAUGGACUGAUAUUUUCAGUUUUAUUUGCAAGAAAAUGAUCAAUGGAAUGAAAUAAUUGAAGUCUAAUGGAAGAUGUAUUUCUUAACAAAGGAAGCCUUUGUGCAGAUCCUGGACCCACAGAAGCACUGCUCUGGAGCGGGAAGCAUGCCUUAAUCUGAAGUUAGCCCGUUUGUGCAGCAUUGACCUACAGCCACAAAAGGGACUUAAUUUUACUUUGGAAGUAACACUAUGAGAUGCUAUAAUAUGAGCUAUCAAAUCACAUGGUAACAUGGCAUAUGUAUUUUUCUGAUACCUGAGUUACAUUAUUAGAGCUGUUUCUUAGUAUCCAUAUAAAUGUUCACUCCAGAAACACAAGCUAAAAACUUGUCUUAAGUGAAAUGCAUCCAGGGCAGCAUGGUGGCUGAAAGUGAAUAAUAAUAUCCAAAUUGCUGUUGCUUGUACUGUGUAAGGAAAAGAAAAUAACUGGCUUUUUUUUUAAUUGGGUGUUUGCUAAUUUGUAAUUACUGUUUUAUACUUUUCAACAUCUUUAAUAAAGAUUUUUUUAUUGUUGGCUAUAAAAUAACACUCAGAAGGAUUCAGAUAUCUAAAUAUAAUCAUUUAAAAUAGGGAGCACAUUUGUAUAAUCCGUUGAAGGCUUAGUUCUGAGCAUCAAUCCAACCAUGGUAGGGUAGAGUCUUGCCCAAGGCUGAAAGACAGCUUGGCAGUUUAAGAACUUUUUUGUUUCUGCUUUCAAAUUACUUUUUUGUUGAACUUUCCUGGGUAUUUAUAUGGGCAGGAAAGCACAAAGGUACACAUGCUAUAGAAGCAUUGGACCCAGUAGGAACAGCUAGAAGUGGCUGGAAGAAAAGUGUAAAGAGGAGGAUAGGCAGGCUUGUAAGCUGUUAAAUAUUUCAGUCCCAAGGUACUUAGAAUGCAGCAUGCUAUUGAGCUGCCUUUCAAAUUUCAAUUUAGGUAAUGACUAAAAAUUACUUUGAAACUUUUUGUAGUAAUCCUGUAACAGCUUAAACGGUGACUUAAAAUGCAAUUUGAACUAGGGUUAAACUGUUUAGCGUAAUACUGCUCUCAGGAAAGCAAUUCUAACCUGAGUAGUCAUUUAAAGCUUCCAGUCUCUGAGCAGUGGAUUCCACUCUUAAAUGCAAAAUGUUAAAUCUGACUUCCUAACAACAACCCCUUUUUGCCUAGACACAUAACCCCUUUUUCCUUGUGAAAUCUAAUCUCAAUGACAGGAAUUGUUGCAUUAAUUCUAAAGAAAAAUACAGUAUUCUUUAAGGAGAAAAGAUGUAGAAAUGUUACUCCUUGUUUAUACUGUUUAGUCAAAUACACACACAGAAACCAAAACGAUUGAUUGCUUCCAGUAGUGGGUAGAGAUAAAUCUUAACCAGAAUCUAUAGGUACCAACAGUGAUGGUUUACCUGUCUGCAAAGUGGGAUUGGGCGAGGGGCGUUGGAAGCAGUUGGACUGGAUAACCUCAAACAUUCUUCGAUUUCUAAUUUUGCAAAAUAACCUUACUUUUCAUUCAUCCAACAAAUAUUUUUAGAGUACCUUCUGUACACCAAACAGUAUACUAGAGAUAGCUCUAUAAUUUCCUAAUGGAGUAGAAAUUUUACAGUCAACUAUUCCAGGUUUACAGUUUAUUUACCAUUACAAUUUAUAGGAUUUAUCUAAUUCCAUUGGCUAUACUAACGUCAGAUUUUAAAAAGAAGUAACAUUUUUUCCCUUUGAACCAAAGGAAUGAUCUUAAUAAUCUUGGUUCUAGAAAACUUUUAAGUAUGAGAGUUAAGGGAUAUCAAUUACCAACCAAAAACAUCAUUUCAGUUUGGCGGUUUGCAUAUUACAGGGAAAUAGUACGUGUUUAAACUCACUUGACUACUUUCAGACGUGUUCACUGCUCCUUUCUGUGAGUCUGUCUCCAUUUAGAUCACAGGAUUAGAAUGCACCUGAUUAGCAACUGAGGAAAGAGACUUUUCCCCUUAACCUAUUCAGGCCCUUUUGUGGGGUUGUAAUCUUUCUCAGUUCUUUUCAUUUCUAUUGUUUAGCAUCAUAUUUAAUAGCAUAGUAAACACUUCUCCAGAAAUUUUCAGUUAGAGCCUUUCACUUUAGUUCCCUUCGGUUUAAUUUAUGGCCAACAUUUUGCCACGUUCUAAAUAAUACUUGGCUGAGUUUAUUCCUGCGUAUUAAUGACCAUUCCCCAAGGGCCUGCAGGUGGAAUGGGGAUCACGGAAAGGCUGCCUCUUUGGUGUUUAACUGGUAUUGACUCAUGCUAGCAACUCUGGGGAGAAACGGUCAAAAUGAAGCCUUGUCAAAAUUUAUUAGUACCAUCUUUGGUCCUUCAAACACUUGAACAGAUAUGAUGAUAUUUAAGGAAAAUAAAGUUGAAUUUCAGGUAUGACCAUUACCAUUAAAAACAGAUUGGGCAGGAGACUUGGUUUUACCUGGAUCCAAACUACUUGAAUAUUCAAGGCAUCUGACCAGUACUGCCAGGCCAAACCACAGAGCAGCGCCAGUGUAGUCUUACCACCAGGAACGUGUUUACAAAGUUUAGUUUCAUCUUUACAUGUGGAUGAUUUUUAAAGUCUUUUUACAUAUUUAGUGGUUAUGAUCCAAUGUGUCCUAAGUUAAUAUAAGAUUAGUUUAAAUCAAAUACGCAAUGUUUACUUGAAUUUUAUUUCUAUUAGAAACAGAUUUUGACUAUGUUUACAGGAUUGUGUGAAUUAAAGUUUAUCAGACAUGUGAGUUUCCAUUCAGUAAUCUUUAAAGCAAAUGUCUAUUAAGGGCUUCAUGUUAGGAUCUGCGUAUUUGGGGCACUGAGUGGACAGUGGCUUACAAAUAUGCUUCACUUACACUUUGUUCUAGGACUAGCACUGCUAUCAAUGGGGAGUAUUUUUAACUAACUGUUAUUAAGAAAUUAAUCAUAUUUUUGCAUUCAGCCGAAAUAAAUACCAUAUCUAAUAAUCUGUAAGAUAUAGGUAAUAUAUAAACCUGAAAUCCAUGUUUCAUAUGAUCUGAACUGUAUUUUCCAAUUAAAAAUGCAAUAUAGAUUCAGAAAGGUCCAUAUUUUUCUAACGACUUCACUUUGUAUUAUUUUGUUGGGUUGCAUAAAGAAGCAAGGAAUUGUAUUUGUAUUAAAAGCUUAAGAAAGCUGUCAGGCAAGUUUACUAUAUUUGUACAUGAUUGCAGAUGAGUCUAUGCCCAUUUAAAAGAAAAUAUGGACACUUUUAAAGUGAUCUUUAAUAUGCUUUUAUAUAAACAAAUUUGAAAUAGAGUUUACUUUGGCUGUCUUUACUUAUCAAGUGCCACCAGUCUUGUGUUUGUUUCUCAUAAGUCUGACUCUGGACCAUGACUUAAUGUUAGCUCUUUGCUUUGUCUUUUGGAUGGCCUAACCUACAUUAACAUGGAGGCUGGACAUUUUUAAACUUUUUUUUCAAAAAUCAUAAUAAUUUACUUUAUUAAUAAACAAAUAAAGUCCUGUAUUUUAA